AUGCCAGUCAGGAAAGUUUCCAAUUAUGGGUUUGGCCCAAUUACAGCCGGGCUCUCUGCCGGCAUGCCGGAUAAUCUAGCUCCGGCAUGGUACUGGACAGACAUGUUUGCCGGCGAGAUCAUUUACCACGCAAGAAUGAUGAAGCACAAGUGUAGAACUACAGAGCCAGAAUUGGCUACUGCCUUCUAUAUACCAUUUUAUGCUGGACUUGCAGUUGCAAAAUAUUUGUUCACAAAUUAUUCUGCAAAAGAACGGGAUUGGCACAGUGAAAUGUUACUCAAAUGGCUCCAGGAUCAACCCUAUUGGCAAAGAUCCAAUGGUUCAGAUCAUUUCAUCAUGCUUGGUAGAAUGACUUGGGAUUUCCGACGGUCAAAGAAUCAAGAUUGGGGGUCCAGUUUCAUCAACAUGCCUCUGAUGAAAGAAAUCCUAAGGCUCUGCGUUGAAAGAAAUCCGUGGGAUCAUCUUGAGAUCAGCGUGCCUUACCCCACUGGAUUCCACCCGAAGUCGAAAUCAGACCUCGAUCAAUGGCUGAAUUUUGUACAAACUCGAAACAGGACAACUUUAUUCACAUUUGUUGGUGGGAAACGCAAGGUGAAGAGUGAUUUCAGAAGUUUGUUGUCGAGUCACUGUUACAACGAGUCCGACUCGUGUCAUAUCGUGGAUUGCUCCGGGACUCGGUGCUACGACGGGACAUGGGAAAUUCUUGAAGCUUUUUUGGACUCAGAUUUUUGUUUGCAGCCUAGGGGCGAUGCGCAUACAAGAAAAUCCACGUUUGAUUGCAUGUUGGCUGGUUCGAUCCCGGUUUUUUUCUGGAAAAGAAGUAUAUACAAUCAAUAUCAAUGGUUCUUGACCGACGAACCGGAGAAUUUCUCGGUUUUUAUAGACCGAAAAGAUGUGAGAAGUGGAGUGUCUAUAAAGAAUGUGUUGCGAGGGUAUAAUAGAGAACAAAUACGAAGGAUGAGACAGAAGGUGGUCGAAUAUAUACCAAGAUUUGUAUAUAAUUAUAUAGGCAGUGAUGAAAUGGGGAAUACUGAAGAUGCUUUUGAUCUUGCUAUUGAUGGAGUAUUAAAGAGGUUUAAGGAGGAAAAAGGGCACAAAAAUGCAGAAUUACAGGAGGAAUGA